CCAAGAGGAAGAGAUAUUCAAACGGUGUUGCGUAUCACGAAAAUCUACCAAUCAGAUGGUUUCUGGCAGUAAUGCCCUCGUCGGAAGAGGAAAGCCAGUGGCUCGUUGGCAGCGGGGGUGGUCCCGUAUCUUCCGGCGGUGGUACAAUAUCCGGGACUGGAGAACGCACUGUCAAUGUUAGAGGAGGAUUAUACACAGAAGAGAUGACGACCCAACCAGCAAAUGCCAACACCGCUGGUGUGAACACGGCUUCCGCCGAUUCCGCCGAACACGAUCUCAUUGAUUCCACCGCCGAUGCGACGCUUUUGGCACAAUUUCACGAAGACGCUAUUAAGCAGGCUGGUGUUGGUUACUUCCAAGUAUUAGCUGCUUUUUGCACUGGUUUGAGCCUCGCAGCUGACACUGUUGAAUUUUUUGUUGUACCAUACAUUUUACCAAGUGCAGAGGUCGAAUUAUGCAUCGAGGACAAGGAGAAAGGAUGGCUUAGCAAUAUUACACUGAUGGGUCUAGCAUUAGGUGGAUUAUUCUGGGGUGGUCUAGGGGAUAGACUUGGAAGACGUAGAUCAUUGUUGUCUGCAAUGUCUGUUCAUGCUUUAUUUAGUGGUGUUGCUACUUUCAUGCCAACUUAUGGCACAUUUAUGAUGGCUAGGUUUUGCUCCGCAAUUGGAGUAGGAGGAUCUUUACCACUAGCAUUUGCAUAUCUCGCAGAAUGUUGUCCAAGACUAAGCAGAGGUCGAUGGAUUGGUUUACUUGUAGCAGCAGGGGCACUAGGAGGUGUAUACGCUGCUCUUUUAGCAUGGGUGGUGGUGCCUACAACUGGAGAAAUGGUGGUUCUCGAAAAUAAAGAGCACUUUAGUGCUUGGCACCGUUUUUUGUUACUUUGUUGUUUACCUGCGUUAUGCUCGACCGUUGGACUUAUUUUUAUACCAGAAAGUCCGAGGUAUUUGGUAGAGGCAGGCAGAGACGUGGAGGCAAUGAUGGUUUACCAGAAAAUAUACAAGAAAAAUAAUGCACGAAAGGGUGCAACGGGUGCGCAGUAUCAGCUUUCUGAAUUGGAGCUUCCAAGUAAAAGGCCUCGCGGUUUGGCGCCUCCGUCUCCUACUAAUCAUACUAGUGUAAUGGCCGACAUAAUUUAUUCUAUUGAAAUGUUUUGGAAUUCUUUUCUGGAACUAUUUGUAUCACCGCAUUUACGCGUGUCGAUAGUGCUUAUAAUUAUUUGGUCGACUGUAUCAUUUGGACUAUAUGGACUUAUGGUAUGGUGUCCCGAGUACCUAAAACUUAUACGUGCAACGGAAUAUAAAGCUCACACUGCACAGAUUUCUGGGAAGGAAUAUAAAAACGAGACAUUCACAGGUUCCCUAGAAAACCGUCAGUACAGAAAUGCGACUUUUUUACAUUGCAGAUUUACUAAGAUGAUAUUCAGUCAUGUAGAUUUCGACAAUUGUACUUUUCAGGCUGUAGAAUUUAGUAACAUAAAGUCUAGUAAGACACAUUUCACGAACAGUACAAUUGAAUACUCAAAAUUCGUGGAUACUGAUUUAUCCCGGCAAGUUUUUAGGCAUUGUAAUUUGAGAAAUAAUACGGAAUUAAGUUUAAGCGGACCUUGCCCAACUCUCGAUUUGGAUUAUAAUAUUUAUAUAGAGGAAGCACUACACGGUCAUCUCGUUGCUCAAUUGGCCUUUGUGCCUGCCGCUGCUUUGGCAGGACUAGCACUCACUGUACUUCAGCGGCCAAAAAUGAUUGGUAUUUCAUUGUUUCUCUCUUCGGUAGCUGCCACAUGUCUAGUUCUAGUGGGCACAAACAGUUCGGCAGUCCUUGGUUUCGAAGGAGGUUUCGUAGCAAUUUUUGCCAUCGCUUGGACGUCACUUACAUUGGUCACAGUCGAGAGCUUCCCUACUCAUUUGAGGUGUACUGGUUUCGGGUUUAUAGCGGCUGUUAUAAGAAUAUCUGGUUUGAUAGGAACCACGACUUACAAAACAUUAGUCGGCGCACCUUUAAUCGCGCCGGCGCUCUUGACUGCGUUGCCGUUGUUUAUAGCUAGUCUCACAACGUUCAAAUUGCCUCACACUCAUACAGUAUUCUUAUAAGGAUCUUACGAGUAAGUGAAAAGAACAAAAGGAAAACGGAGAGAUGCGGCUGUAUGGAAACUGAGAAAAGGACAGACCUUUUUAAUCGAUAUUUUAACGAAUCACCGAUGAACUGCGCUGAUGUUUUUACACGAUUACACGCUCACAAGAAAUUAUCUAUAAAGAUCGUGUCUUGAAGCCUGCGGAUAAUUGAUUUUUCAACGAAAAUUGCAAGUGAAGUGUUUCGGACAAGUGCAAAUUUUUCGAUUUGCAAACAUCUCCCCCAAAAGACGGACAUUACAAUUUCCUUCCAUUUGUUUUUUUUUUUUUAACAUGGAAGU